CUAAGUGGUUUCCAGGAAGUGAACGCCACCGAUCUAACCACCUCCCACAUGUGAGCCCCCGUCGUUAGCACCACGCGCAGCGUGUAGAGGAGAGAGAAACCGGUCGGAAAGCAACGUCAUUCCUCGGACCACCGACUUGACGUAGCGCAGCAGACAGAGAGCGGAGCGGAGCCGCGUUGUCCGAGGCAGGGGAACACGAGGAAAGUAGGUCGUAUUAGAUAAGAACAGGGUGGACACUAGGGCCUGGUAGACUGUAGGCCUGUUUCCCCCGCGCUCUGCAUUGAGCAACACAUCCCGGUUUGAGUCUUUCCUUUACGGUCAGUCCAGCUGCCAGCACUGGCAAGGUGCCUUAACGGACACCGCGCCACUAGUUUGGAGAGGUGCUGAAGCGAUCACAGCAGAAAGAUGGCGGACGACCCCAGCGCGGCGGAUAGGAACGUGGAGAUAUGGAAAAUCAAGAAGCUGAUCAAAAGUUUAGAAGCUGCCCGUGGUAAUGGCACCAGCAUGAUCUCUCUGAUCAUCCCUCCAAAGGACCAGAUAUCAAGAGUGGCCAAGAUGUUGGCUGAUGAGUUUGGCACUGCUUCCAACAUUAAGAGUCGCGUCAACAGGCUCUCUGUUCUCGGGGCCAUCACCUCUGUACAGCAAAGACUAAAACUCUACAACAAGGUGCCACCCAAUGGCUUGGUUGUGUAUUGUGGCACAAUUGUGACAGAGGAAGGCAAGGAGAAGAAAGUCAAUAUUGACUUUGAGCCUUUUAAACCAAUCAACACCUCCCUGUACCUCUGUGACAACAAGUUCCACACCGAGGCAUUGACAGCCCUGCUGUCUGAUGACAGUAAGUUUGGCUUUAUUGUGAUCGACGGUAGUGGGGCACUCUUUGGCACACUGCAGGGCAACACCAGGGAGGUGCUGCACAAGUUCACUGUGGACCUACCCAAGAAGCACGGCAGAGGAGGACAGUCUGCUCUGCGUUUUGCUCGACUGAGAAUGGAGAAGAGACACAACUAUGUGAGAAAAGUAGCUGAGACAGCUGUCCAGCUCUUUGUGUCCAAUGACAAAGUUAAUGUGGCAGGAAUGGUCUUGGCUGGCUCUGCUGAUUUCAAGACUGAACUCAGCCAGUCUGACAUGUUUGAUCCAAGGUUACAGGCAAAGGUUCUGAAGCUAGUGGACAUCUCCUAUGGAGGAGAGAAUGGUUUCAACCAGGCUAUUGAGCUUUCAGCAGAGGUCCUGUCGAAUGUGAAGUUCAUCCAAGAAAAGAAGCUCAUAGGGCGGUACUUUGAUGAGAUCAGUCAGGAUACAGGGAAAUACUGCUUUGGUGUAGAGGAUACACUGAAAGCCCUUGAAAUGGGAGCUGUGGAGAUUCUCAUAGUCUAUGAGAACUUAGACACCAUGCGUUAUGUUCUUCGUGUGCAUGGGGCAGAGAGCAAUGGAGCAGAGAAUGAUGAGAAGACUUUGUACCUAACGCCAGAGCAGGAGAAAGACAAGUCUCACUUCACGGACAAGGAGACGGGGCAGGAACAUGAGCUGAUCGAGAGCAUGCCACUACUGGAGUGGUUUGCGAACAACUACAAGAAAUUUGGAGCCACGUUGGAGAUAGUAACAGACAAGAGUCAGGAGGGGUCCCAGUUUGUCAAGGGCUUUGGAGGCAUUGGGGGUAUCUUGCGGUACAGGGUGGAUUUCCAGGGCAUGGAGUACCAAGGAGAGGACGAUGAGUUCUUUGAUUUGGAUGACUACUAGGUAGUCUUGGACUGAUAUUGGG